CUCGGCUGAAGCCACUCCAGAGAGAGCCAGGCCACCAGAAAAUUCACCUGCCUGUGCUGCCUGUUGGCCAUGAGUGACCUCUCUUCUCUGACAGGAGACGGGACCUUGAGGCCCCAAGUAAAUGAAAGUCACCAGAGCUCCCUAGAGGAAGGUCCUACGGUGGCCUCCAGGACUCGCCACAGCCUAAAUGUCCUGCAUGUCUCCUAUAGUGUCAGCUAUCAUGUCGGGCCUUGGUGGAACAUUGGAUCUCGCUGGCAGCAGUGGAACAGGCAGAUCCUCAAAGACGUCUCCUUUUUCGUGGAGAGUGGGGAGAUCAUGUGCAUCUUAGGGAGCUCAGGUUCAGGGAAAACCACGCUGUUGGAUGCCAUAUCCGGGAGGCUCCGGCGCACCGGCACCCUCCUCGGGGAGGUGUCUGUCAACGGCAGGAGGCUGCGCCGGAGCCAGUUCCAGGACUGCUUCUCCUACGUCAUGCAGAGCGACAUCUUCCUGAGCAACCUCACCGUGCGCGAGACGCUGCGCUACACGGCGAUGCUGGCCACGCGCCGCAGCUCCGAAGACUUCUUCCGGAAGAAGGUGGAGGCCAUCAUGGCAGAGCUGCAGCUGAGCCACGUGGCAGACCAAGUGAUUGGCAGCUAUAACUUUGGGGGCAUUUCCAGUGGUGAGCGGCGCCGGGUCUCCAUUGCAGUCCAGCUCCUCCAGGACCCCAAGAUCAUGAUGUUUGAUGAGCCGACCACAGGCCUGGACUCCAUGACUGCGAAUCAGAUCAUCUCCCUUCUGGUGGAGUUGGCUCACAGGGGCCGAAUCGUGAUCCUCACCAUCCACCAGCCCCGCUCUGAAUUCUUCCAGUACUUUGACAAAAUUGCUAUCCUGACCUUCGGAGAGUUGGUUUUCUGUGGUACCCCAGUGGAGAUGCUGGAUUUCUUCAAUGGCUGUGGUUACCCUUGUCCUGACCAUUCCAACCCCUUUGACUUCUAUAUGGACCUGACAUCAGUGGAUUCUCAAAGCAAAGAACGAGAAAUAGAAACCUACAAGCGAGUCCAAAUGCUUGAAUCCGCCUACAAAAAAUCAGCAAUCUGUCACAGAAUUUUGGAGAAUAUUGACAGAACAAAACACCUGAAAACCUUACCAAUGAUUCCCUUCAAAACCAAAGAUCUUCCUGGAACUGUCUGUAAACUGGGUAUCCUCUUGAGGAGAGUGACAAGAAACUUAUUGAGAAAUAAGCAAGCAGUGAUUAUGCGUCUCCUUCAGAAUCUGAUCAUGGGUUUGUUCAUCAUAUUCUUCAUCCUGCGGGUCCAGAACAAUAUCCUAACGGGUGCUAUCCAGGACCGUGUGGGUCUCCUGUACCAGUUUGUGGGCGCCACCCCAUACACAGGCAUGCUCAACGCUGUGACUCUGUUUCCUGUGCUUCGAGCUGUCAGUGACCGGGAGAGUCUGGAUGGCCUGUAUGAGAAGUGGCAGAUACUACUGGCCUACGUGGUGCACAUCCUCCCCUUCAGCAUCAUCGCCACUGUGCUUUUCAGCAGUGUCAGCUACUGGACUCUGGGCUUAUAUCCUGAGGCUGACCGAUUUGCAUAUUUCUCUGCUGCUCUCUUGGCCCCCCACUUAAUCGGUGAAUGUUUAACUCUUGUGCUACUUGGUAUGAUCCAAAACCCAAAUAUUGUUAACAGUAUAGUGGCUGUGAUGAGCUUUGCUGGGUUGCUGGUUGGAUCUGGCUUGGUCAGAAACAUACAAGAAACGAACCAAGCUUUUCAAAUCUACAGUUAUUUUGCAUUCCAAAAAUAUUGCUGUGAGAUUCUUGUAGUCAAUGAGUUCUAUGGACUGAAUUUCACUUGUGGCAGCUCAAAUAACUCUGUGAUAAAUAAUCCACUGUGCUUCACCACUCAAGGAAUUCAGUUCAUUGAGAAAACCUGCCCAGGUGCAACAUCCAGAUUCACAACAAACUUUCUGAUGUUAUAUGCAUAUAUCCCAGUUCUGGUCAUCCUAGGAAUAGUUGUUUUUAAAAUGAGGGACCAUCUUAUCAGCAGAUAGUGCAGAACACUGCUGGGAGAUGAAACUUCAGCUGUCAGACGUGGAUGACUGUUUGAAGUAAAAACGGCAUGGAUUUCUUUCUUGAUGGGACAUUGUAAAUCUUUUCACCACUAAGACUUCAUUUGUGCUCCUCAGAUCCACACAGGCCUUGAGUGCAAUGGAAAUGGGUCACUGCCCCUUGUUAUUCCAACCUGUUGGGAUGUGUGCUAUUUGAAAAUUGUGACUGAGCUGGUCCAAGAAUGUAAAUAAUAAGAAUCCAUAAGCCUA